CCCAAGUGAUGCUUCUUUUCGGCGGACAUGUUGGAUUUGAGGACCGAACUACGGAGGACAAGUUUCGAAUUCGAGCGCUUAUUUGGGCUAGAAAAUCUUUGAUUUAAUUCGCGUCCUGAUCCUAUUUCGACGGUUGGGAUUGCAGGACUUUCGGUGCGGGUGAUUGCGAGUGCGAAAUCUACGUCGGGUCGGGUUGUUUUCGUUGCGAAAAGUGCGCUGUGGGGGAUUUGAUUUGGGAGAAGUGUUUUUGGCUGAAAAUUUUAGUGGUGCGGUGGAUUUCGAAGUGUUUUCUUGGUUCUUUGGAAAGUGUUUCUUCUUCAGUAUCAGGCAGAAUGUGAAAACUGUGAAAGUGACUCGUUUACAUUGAUUAGCCUAACGAGAUAAAGUGAUAGGGUGAAAGAUUUUCAAGUGAAGCAAAAAAGUGAAAACUUUGAAGCAAAUUUAAACAAAAGAGUGUCGAAUCUGUGAAACAAAAAUGACGCGCAUAACGGAAACCAAGUCCGUUAAGGUGGACAACUGGGGUGUGUUCUUCCUGCAAAAGUUGCAAAACUUCUUCAACAAAACCGAUCACUGCGAUCUGACCUUGCAGUUCAACGACAAUUCCCAGCUCAAAGUCCAUCGGCUGGUGCUCAAUGCGUGCACCGAUUACUUCAACAUGCUGGAAAACACGUGCGAAAUGUACGACGAUGUGCUGAUUAUGCCGCUGGAUCUGCAGGCGGAUGUGAUUGUGCCGAUCGUUAAUUUUAUGUACACGGGUACGCUGGAAUUCCAAUACAACAUGUAUGAGAAACUGUUGAAGACUGCCCGAGAUAUGAACAUGACAGUGCUCUUGAAGCUGUUGGAAGCACACAAACAGACCACAAGAAUGGUACAAAACGCAAGACAACAACCUAUCGUGUUGAACAAGCAGGCUCCAACCGGUAGACCUCGUACUGCUCCGCAAAAUACUGUGUCGUACCAGCUGCCGACUACGGCAUCAAGAAGUUAUGGAGCAAUAAAGCAAGUGACUCAAACGAGAGUUGUUCAGCGACCUACAAAAGUUCAGAGUGCUCUCACUAGUAUUGCGGCAGGUUACACUGCAAACAAGAGCAUGAGCGCCCCGGAGCCACGUACACUGGUUCAAAAAUAUGGUGCAGCAAAGAACGUCCAACCAGGUCCUUCCCGGUUCGAUGAAAGUUCCGUCUCGGAAACGUUGGAAGGAGCUUUUGAUGAUAUUUCCUACGAAAGUAAACCGUUGGUGACGGCUGACCAAAUAAAAAAGGAGGAAGAGACAUCUCCUUUCGAAAAAUUACGAAAAGGCUACACUAAUGUGAAUGUAGCCAAACGCCCAGCCCCUGCCAGCUUCUCCACUCCUAUUGCGAAAAAACCCAAUUUGGAAGAGGUUAAAGAAUUCACGGAGGCUGCCCGGUUGAGAAGUCAAAUAGCCGCCGAAGACGAUGAUUCACCCGGAUUCGCUGACGACACUAAUUUCGAAGAAGAAGACGAAGAAGGGGAGCAACAAUCUCAAGCACAGCAAAUUGCGACAAAGUCGAGUCCUCAGACACCGAAACAAAUCGUCAUUAAGCAAGAGCAAAAGUCAUCACCCGGUAGUGCCGGAUCCGUCAAACAAAUCACAGUCAAAGAUGAAUCCGGAAAUGUAGAUCAUGCAAAGAUUAUCAGUGAGGUACUUAAGAAGUAUCCACAUUUAGUAAAGAAAAACAAAAACAUUAAGUUGAAAAUUAUGCAGAAAACCACUCCAGGGCCACCAAGCACUAGUCAGCAAGCCCAGUCUUAUGCCGGUCCGUUGAAGAUGGAAGUUCGUACGGCCACCCCGUUGAAGGCGGACAUGUCGAUGAUGCGUAAAGCAACGGAAGUUGCCCGCGCACCUGCCCCUGUUGCCGCUUCCACUCCCGGUCCGAAAAAGAUCGAUUCCAAAACCAUGCACAUGCUAAUCGCAAAAGGCGCGGAGAACAUGACCGGCCCAUGGCUGUGUCUACGCUGCGGCAUCGAUGGACGUCCCAUCAGUAUUCCCAGCUAUAAAGCCUUCCGUAAUCAUUUAAUCGUUAAGCACAAAGAGAAAAUAGAUGCACGCAUUUGCGAGCACUGCGGAUGGAAGGCCGAGCAACGCAACCCCAAUCUGUUCUACCAUUGGUUAAUAGAACACAACAUAAAAUCCACUAUGAAAUUCCCCACUUGUUCCGAAUGCGGCCAUGUUGCUAUGAAUGCGGUAGCACUGCAGAAGCACGAGGAAGAAAAUCACCAACGGAACGAUUUGCAACAGUGCAUUUAUUGCAACAAGAUCUUUGCCAAGGAAAUGGAUCUAUACGAGCAUAUGAAGAGCAUGCACAAGCAGAGGGCCCGAGAGGACGGUGUCAUCGAUUUCUCCGAUGACGAAUAUCACGUCCAAGAGGACGACGACUUGUCCGGCCAGACCAACACGAGCCAAGAAAAGCAGAUAAAGGUUCUCUCCAACAUAAGCAUUACGAACAAUGCGGGAAUUCCGUUCGUUAUCGAUCACACCCAGGCACAAACCGUUUCUCAGAUCGGAGGCAAAGCGCAGAUCCAGCUACAGCAGAUCACCCUGGAACCAUCGUCGGAAGCGGAAGCACUCAGCAAUGUGGCAUCCGGCAUCGCUACCAGCUUGGGGCUGGUCGAUAGCAACGUUGUAAUCGAGGGCGGGCACUACCAGGGGCAAUUCAUCGAACACCAGCUGGCCACGGUGCACGGGGAAACGGGAACGACCACCACGGUGACGGCCACCGGACCGGACCAGUUGACCAAGCUGAUUACGGAGGAUGGUACCGAGCUACAGCUGACGCAGAGCCAGAAGGAGGAGAUUUUCUCGCAACUGCAGAACAGCGGAAACGGUGGCAACGUGGUGAUGGUGCUGAAUGAUGAAAAUUUCAUCAGCGGAGCGGGAAUCCAGCUGGAAGAUGGAACACAGUUAAUCAAUCCUUCGGUUGGCCAGGACCAGAAUAUUGUUGUCAUGUACACCCAAGCGGAACAGGAGCAUGGCACACACAAUACAAUCACUACUACAGCACCAGUGGCCACUACAGUAGUCGGAAGCGUUUCCAGUGAACAAGUGGAACAUCACGAAGAAGCUCCAGAAGCUGUUGAGCCAUCGAAGACAGUCGAGCAUGAAGACGAAACUUCACAAGCAUCGACACAACCCUCGGAAAAGGAUGUCGAACAGAUGGAGACUGAUGCCGAAAUUAGCCAACCCGAAGCAGAUUUAAGCGAGUCAGCCGAUGCCGAUGAUUCGAAACAGGAGGAAGACGAAGAGGAGCAGAAGGCGGCUAAAGAACGAGAGAAACAAAAGCUAAUAUCCGAGUUAGAAGGCGAUUGGUCAGAAGAUACGGAAGAACAACCGACUGCUGCGGAACCGAAAGAAACGAAAAAAUCGGAAAGCGUUACAUCGCUGCCAACAAAAAUUACUAAGAGCUCAUCUGCAGAAAGCGUCACAAAGGAGGCAGCUAGCAAAGAGGAACCUUCUGUCGAAUCAACGGAAACCGAGAAGCCCAGCGAGAAAGAAAUUAACCAACUGUUGGACGAUUGGAACAGUGAGACCAAGCUAACCGAAACGGAUUCCGAUGCUGACCUGGAGAAGAAACUGGAAAAAGUUGUUGGCGAGAAGAAACCAGCGGAAAGUGAAGAAAAGAAGCAACAAAAGGACGAGGAACAGACGCCCAUGGAGACGUCCGCGGCUGCCGAUAAUACUGCUGACAGCAUAGACAGCAGCAUGAGUGCAAGCGAAACGCAAGUAGUGAUACUGGCAGCGGCCGAAAGUGAAGCGGAAACUUCGGUCAAAGACGAAAGUGAUGCGGAUAAAAGCCAAGAAGGCCAAGAGGAAACACAGGAUGGCAAAGAAAAAGCAGAAUCAACUGAACCUAAAUCAGAUACCGCCGACGAAGAUGCAUCUAAAGAGGACGGGGAAGACAAAGCCAAAUCGAAAGAAGUCGUUAGUUCUCUGCUUGGAGAUUGGGAUGAAGAUGAUGAUCUGUAGAGAGUUGUUGUAGUAACAUAACCGUAUGGAAUAUCAAGUGACUUUUUAGCAAAAAGGUAUAUAAAUAUUUGUGCUAAUAUUAACGAUAGCAUAAACAGUUUAAAACGGAACGGUAAUAGCAUUACACUGUUACUAAUUUUAUAGAACACACUUUAUAUGUCAUAUAAAUAAUGUAAAAAGUAUUUUUUCAUGUAGAGGAUCGUGGAUAACAAUUAUCGUACAGAGCAAAAUUCCUUACAAAUCAUAGAUUCGAACAAACUAUGAGUAAUGUAACUGACAUUUUGUUAUAACUGCUCUGUGCGGAAAUUUUCUCACUUAUGUUCCUUGCUUAUUUAUAUGUAAUUGUACUAACUUCUCAAGUGUUCUCUCCGUAGAAGGCAUUUUCAUGCGAAAUGAUAACGAAAUGAAAUUAUAAUUUUAAGAUAAAAGCGUUAGAUUAAUCAAAAACCUAACACUCAAAUAGAAUUCAAAAUGCAUGCAAAUCUAUCAAUCUAUAAAUUGUAGGAAACAUCGCACGUGCCUUCAACAGACAGAACAUUUUUUUCUUAUCUUUGGUUUGUGUCCCAGAUGUUAGCGUGUGCUAAAAAUGUAUACAUAUUCCCAUGCUCACUAGUAUGAAAUCCAUUUUUGCCAUUGAAUCUACAUUUCAGAACGUAAAAUAUAUGAUUCAAAAUGUUUCUUCAGUCGUAAUAUGGAUUGAUUUGCUAGAUUUUUUUGGGAUGAUAUUUUUGAAUUUACGUAAAACUGAUUCUUCUGAUUAUGUCUUUUAAUUUAAGUUAUCCUGAAAGUACUAAACAUUUUUUUUAUUUCAUCACGUUUUUAUAGCAAUAAGAAAAAUGCAUUGAAAUGGACCAUUGGUUUAAUAUGCUUAAGAGAUGUUUCUCAUAUAUUGUAAAUGUAGAAGUAGAAGAAAUAAUAAAAUUUAUUGACCGCAUCGUA